UCAGUAUAAAAGCUAAAAACUCUCAUGAAUUGAGCAUUAGUAGCUGUCUAGUAGUUUUAGCGUUAAUUGUUCGCAGUAUCUAAAACAUAAUCCGAUAAAAACCGUGUUCGAAUAAGUAUUACCAACAUGAAGUGUUUUACCAUUUGCGUAUUUGUUUUUGCUCUUGCCAUCGUUGCAAGAGCUGAUGAGGACUUAGUAGCUUCGGCAUCAGAAAAUUCCGAAAAUACACAGGAAUUAUCGGGAUCAGCAAGUAGUCUAAGUCCAUGGCAAGAAAAACAUCAGGAAAAACGUUAUGUCGGUGGUUACGCUGGUGUUGGUGCAUAUGGCACUGGUUUAGAUACUCUUGGCUAUGGUAGCGGUUACUAUAAUCCUUACCAAUCGAGAUUAGGUUUAGAUGGUUAUGCUGGUUAUCCUGGCUAUAACGGUUAUACUGGAGGCUAUGGCGGUUAUGCUGGUUAUGGUGGAUAUGGUGGAUAUGGUGGUUAUGGAGCUUACACUGGUGGCUACAAUUCAUAUCCUUACAACUCCUACAAUCGCGGUGCUUAUCCUUAUGCUCGUCCUGGUUAUGGCGGUUAUGGCAGUUACGCCGGCUAUGGUAAUUAUCCAUCAAGCUACUAUUCCAGCAAUUAUGGCAGUAGCAUUAUUGGUGGUGGUUUGGGAGCUUUGGGUACACCCGGAUAUGUUCCACCUGUUGCCGGUGCUGCUGGUUACCAAUAUGGUCCCGGCAUUUCCGGAACUGUUUAUUAAAUAGUUCAAAACAGUAUUUUAUAUUUUUUUUCAAAUUUAGAAUAAAUUUUGAAAUUUUUUUACAUAAUUUAAAUAUACACGCAUAAAA